AUGUCGGCGAAAAGCACCGACAAAACAGAACUGAAGCCCAUUCAUAUUGGAAUUGAUCAUGGCACAACCUAUACUCGAGUGAGGGUAUACUCCCCAGAUUGGCCCAAAGAGAUGCGUGCCGACAUUGUCAAGGAAAGCCACAAGCAAACAGCCAAGCUGGACGCCAAGUUCGGCGUAGAAAGCCGCUAUGACACCUUCCCAGACUUUCCAGCUUUCAUAUGCCCCGAGAGAAACCCACCUCUCUCCGGGUUUGAAGCAGAAUUGCAGGCCGAUCGUAUCCCCUUAAAGACCGCUGCUCUACUGCUCGACCAAACAAAAGAUAUCGAUACGAACAAACCUCGCCAGAGCCUGCUGGAGAAGAUACCCUGUGGAAAGCAUCUCCUAACACACAAGCACGAGGAGAAGUUCCACAAGCUUAUCAAAAGCCUUUGGAAAGAGCACUUCGUAAAUAUUCGGAAGCGGGUCGACGUAUAUUGCGAAUUCAAAUACAGACCAAUCUCGCUCACUUUGUCGAUGCCCAAUUGGAUGAAUGACGAGAAGGUCGACAAAAUCUACGAGUCCAUUAUCGCCAACGUGUUCGGCGACAUCAUACCAGAAUCAGCUAUUGAUUUUAUCGGUGAGGCACAGGGCAUGGUCAGAUGCAUACACAAGGAGUUUAUUCAGGAGACCUCCCGUCUUUCCGUAGAAAUCGGCAACCGUCACCACAUCCUAGUGAUCGACAUUGGAGGUAGCGCGAUGAACGGAACCUUGUGUCAAAUCGCGAGAGAUGACAGCAACGCCAGCGCUGAAGCUAUUACCCACUGCGUCGAGGUCGACAGUUUUGGCUGUCCUGGCGGCAGUGAGUUAUGGCAUAUGCAGAUCGGAGAUGUCAUCGCCACCAAAGAAGGAUACGAUGCUACAAGUGAAGAGUUGCAAAUACUUAUGAAGCGAUUCCGUCAGCUUCAGGGAAGUUACCAGGACCCGUCCAAGGCCAUUUUGGUCGACGUUAACAAUCGCAACUAUCAUCUCUCGAACAAGCAAGCCAAGGAUUCCUGGAACAAAUCUUUCCAAGAUGCGAUUGAGAUGAUCAAGAGGCGAGUCGACGAGGCCGUAGAGCGAGUUGGAGAUGAGGACCUGAUGGUCAUUUUUUCGGGUGGCUCCCUGAAGCUCGUGUAUCUCCAGAACCUGAUUGAAGGUUAUAUGAAACAGAAACACACAAAGGUACCUCUCAACUUUAUCCAGACGAGAGACGAUGUCACCAUUGCAGACAACACUGGUCUCAUUGCUCGCGGAUGCACUUAUGCUAGGACAUUCAAAAGACCUGUGCUAGAGGUCCUCGACCGCAUGGCCCUCGGCGUACAAGCCGGCUCGCCUAUCAAACAGGGAGGUAACGAAUGGCACUGGUUAGGAAAUGUUAAGCUCCUGCACCACAAGAACCUUGCUACCGGCAUUACGGGCUCCUGUAUACUCAACAAGCGCACCGCAAUAAAAAAGAUUGGGCUUAAGAUUAUUGCGGAUCCUUUGUUCCAGAGCCUGCGGGCCAGCAACAAAAAGCUCAACUUCCAGGAUUGUUACGACCUAUAUUCCGUCCCGACAUCCGAUCUCGAGACACCCGGCGAGUACACGUUCAAGAUUUCGCGCAUUCCACCUUCAUUUAUCAACGAGAGACACAAGCUCAAGUUGGACCUUGAAUGCACCUAUCAAGAUAAGGCCCAGGGUAUUGAGAUGCGAAAGACCAAGAGCUUCACGCUGCCGCUGUAUUUCCACAUCGGAACCUGUUGCGUCCUGCCCAAGGAGGACGAAGUGGAGAUUUCGGAGUGGAACUAUGGUUCGGCACAACCUCAGCCCAAGCCGAUCAAGGUGGUGGAUGAGGAGUCAAUUUUCAUUGAUGAGGAUUGGGCUUGA